CGCCCAUCGCUCUCCGACGCUGCGGUAAAGUGACGUCAUUAGAGAGCGACACGACCAUGUUGUUCUCUGGGCGCAAUGUGUCCGGUGCUGUAACUAGGAAGUGACAGAUUCCAGAAAAAAAUAAUUUGUUUGGAAUGUACAAUGUCGAAAGCAACCAAAAGAAAACAUGUGGUGAAAGAAGUUCUUCUAGAUUACGUUCAGCCUACUGAAAAUCAGCGCAUUGUGAGGGUUUUAGGAAGCCCUGGAAACAAUCUUCAUGAGAUUGAGACUGCAGAGGGGGAGCGGUUUUUAGCCAGCAUGCCCACAAAAUUCAGGAAGAACAUCUGGAUUAAAAGAGGAGAUUUUGUUAUUGUUGAUCCCAUUGCUGAAGGCGAGAAGGUGAAAGCAGAGAUCACUUUUAUCAUAUAUAAAGAUAACCAACGUCUUCUGCAGAAAGAGGGUCUCUGGCCACUAGGGUUCAAUAAAGAAGAUGAAGACAAUCUUGCCAAGGAAAAAGGGAGCAUCAAAGGGGCAGAUGCAAAAAGCUCAACUGGCGAGAAGUCUCAGGAGGAUAAUAAUGACACGGACUCAGAAGAUGAUAGUGACCUAUUUGUCAACACCAAUCGUGUUUACUGUGAGGACAGUGAAGAGGAAUCAGACAGUGAAGAAGAAAGCGAGGAAGAAGAGAAAGAGUGAUGUUAUAAUAAAUAUAGAGGAACAUUUUUAGAAAUCAGCAUCUGACAUAUUGAUGCCUAAAACAGGACAAGACUGAGUUGUUUUGUGCUGAAUCAAUAUCUAGGGUGGAAUAUCUUCUAUGGUUCCAGCAGACCUUUAAUUGACUUUCGACGAGGCCAGUGUUGAUUUAAUUAUGAUGCGUUUCCAUCCUGAAGUCUUGGACAUUGUCUUUAUGCAUUCCCAAACUGUUGAAGAACUUAAUGCUUGUACUUUCGAUUGAGUGCAGGUAGUUCAUUUGAGCUACAUCUGGAGACUAAAGGUGUGUACACACGGUGAGAUAUUUUCUUUCGAUUUUGACUAUAUAGUCAAAAUCUCAAGAAAAGUUAGUGCAGAUCGUAAGGUGAAAGUCACCUUGCGAUCCCGUUUCGAUCCCGAUGCGCGGUCCCGCCAGGUUGGCAUCGCAAGAAAAGAUAGACUGUGCAGGCAAGUCAAUCCUUGCUAGAUCGGUGUACUAUCUAGUUCAUCUCACAUGUCAAUGACAUCUCACAUAAGCCAAAAUCUCACAUAAGCCAAAAUCGUAUGCACACAUAGUCCAUAUCUCAAGAAAAGUUAGUCAAAAUCUGUACUAUCUGGGCUCCGGGGAGUUCAAGGGAAAUCGCAAGUGAAAAUCGGGCAUAGCAAGGAUCUCACCUUUUGUACACACCUUAAGAUAACAAAGUAUUGGCACUUGAGAGAGGCAUAAUUAAAAAAACAACACAACAUUUUUUUUAUAUGUUUAUUAGAAUUUUUUUUUUUUUUUUUGGGAAGACCUGCGGUAUUUAAUUCUAAUAAUGUGAAAUCUAUCCAUACAGUCCUUCUACUGUGUCUACUUGCAUUCAUGUGAUUUGAAGGUUACAAGAGCAGAGAAUGCCAUACAGAUCUCAUGGUGGGCUCUAUCAUGGGGCUGAAAAACCGUGCAGACCAAACGUCCACUUCAAGAGCAUGGGUCUAAAUGGACCUUUAGUGAGAACAGAUUGUAUCUGUAUUCACUUGUUUAUUGAUGAACAGCCUUAAUGCUACUUGUGUUCUCCUCCACACACACACAUAAAUAGUGGCCUAAUGUUU